AUGACUCUCCCUAAAGCUGGCACCACCAUUGACUAUGUCUUUGCUCCUCCUCCUAUGGCGACUCGUAUCAUCAACACUCAGACUCACCACAUUCCACCUGAGUGGACCAAUCACAGCCUCCUCACAAUCGAUCUGGUCACCUCUGGCGUCAAGUUGGGUUCUGGCAGCUGGCGUUUGAAUCCGUACUUGCUUGAGAACCGUGAAUUCCAAGCCCUUUUGGAUAAAACCGUGGAUAUGUUUUUGGCGUCUGACUAUUAUACGACAGAUGUGGCUGAUAUGGGUGUCUCUGGUCAGGAGAAGUGGGAAUCUCUCAAGUCGAUCAUCAAGUACUGUGCCAAACAGUUCACCAAAGGCCAGAAGGCUCGCUUCAAAGCUCGAGUCUCCCACCUCCAACGUGAACGGGAACAGCUACUUGGGACCCCGGAGGAGUCGGCAAGGAUCAAAAGACUGGAGCAACUGAUUGAGCAACGGAUUCAAGAUGACACUCGUCAAGCUAUGCUGCGUUCGGCUACUCGUUGGCUGGAAAUGGGAGAGCAAAACAACAAAUACUUUUUCAAUGUGAUUAAGGAUCGUGAGGCGCAACAAACCAUCCAGUCCUUGAAAAAGGCUGGCACUGGAGAGAAGCUGACAGACAUGGGCGACAUUCUCCAAGAAGCUCGUACUUUCUAUCAAGAUCUCUACACACCUGAAGACAUUGAUUUGGCUGCCGUCAACUCUCUCUUUGACAAUAUCCCUGCUGAUGCGAAGCUACAAGAAGCUGAGGCAGACCGGCUGAUUGAACCACCCUCUACAGACUCUGUCUUGCUGUUGCUGGACCAUGCACCCAAGAACAAAUCUUCUGGUUUGGAUGGCCUUCCGUUUGAGGUGUAUCGCUAUUUGGCGGCGAAGUUCCCUGUUGUUCUGCUUCUCUUGCAGCAAGUGCUGACUGAUGCGCUGCGUGGUGUCUUCCCUGACUCUUGGAAAGAAACGAGGAUGGUACUGCUGUUCAAGAAGGGCGAUCCAGAGCUCCUCAAGAACUGGCGACCUCUCUCGAUGAUCAAUAGCGAUGCUAAGCUGUUCACCAAGAUGUUAGCCAACCGGUUCAAACGUGUCCUCUCCCGAUUGAUUACGCCGUACCAAACAGGCUUUAUGCCUCACCGGCUCAUCUCGGACAAUGCGUGGUUGAACCAGACGCUGAUGACCAACCUCCGUGAUGCAGCUCCUCAGGAUCCCAAUGUCGCCGUACUCUUGGAUCAAGAGAAAGCCUAUGAUCGGGUCAAUCCGACAUAUCUGGCGAUGGUUCUUCGUCAGUUUGGCUUCCCGGCAUCGUUGGUAUCCAGUGUUUCAAGUCUGUUAUUUGGUACUCGUAUCUCCUUGUCAAUCAAUGGGUGGUUGGGCGCCCCCAUCGAUCAACAACAUGGUUUACGACAGGGUGAUCCGUUGUCCCCUUUGCUGUUCAACCUGGCUUUCGAGCCGUUCCUUAGAAUCAUCUUGGCCUGCCCCUCUCUUCAAGGCGUCUCAAUGUCUACCGCUGUCCGUGCUCCUCUCGCAGGGCGUAUCUCUCGUGCCUCCUCUCUCGUGCCAGUCCAAGGCGACCAUGAUCUCCUGCGCGCUCCGACGACCCCUCCACGGGUGAAGCUGUUGAGCUACGCCGAUGAUCUGAAAGUCUUCCUGACUUCUACGGCGGAAUGGCCUGUGCUGCUGUCUCUUUUGUCGCUCUAUGGCAAAGCGUCCAACGCCAAGGUCAAUUUGGAGAAAACCAUGCUGCUGUCGCUCUUGUCAGUUGGCUCUGUGAGGUAUCUAGGUUACCCUCUAUAUCAUACAGAGAAGCAGUUGCAGCAUUUCCUGGAUUCCAUUACCGUGAAGAUUCAGCGUCAUUGCAAUCUGCUCACCAAGCGGCAGCUAUCCAUUCGUGGAAAGGGUUUAGUGGCGAAUUCCCUUCUGCUGUCUCGCUUGUGGCAUCUCCUGCGUGUGGUUGUGUUUCCUGACAAGUGGCUGGAGGAGGUACAGCGCAUGGUACGCCAGUACAUCGUCUCGUUUUGGCCUACUGUGGCUUGGGAUUCUCUCUGCCUUCCUAGGAAGCAUGAAGGUAUUGGUCUGGUUGACAUCAAGAAGCAGCAUCUCGCCUUGUAUCUCAUAUAUGUCAAGCGUCUGCUUCGUCCCAGAUCCCCAGCGGAUUUCCUCACUCCCUGGCUGAUGUAUACAUUCCAUGUAUACUCAGGUCAUGCUACUGUGCUGCCUUUGCUGCUAUACCCACGUACCUGCUGGCCUCGUGUGCGGAAAUGCCCUCACUUGGAGCAUCUGGCUCGUCUACUCACUCGUUUGCCUCCCUUGACUCUCACUCCUGAGUGGCCGUCUUGGUGGCUCCUAGAUCUGCCCUGGUUACAAGUAUGCUCCCUGUCUCCCACAGCGACUUUGCCUUUGACUAGGAACAGUGACAAACUGCCACCUCAUGCCUUGAUUGCCAGCCUCUUGAGCGUGCUCCCCGACUCCCACAUCUUGGUUUGCGUGCGUCCUCGUGAUACUGCUGCAUUGCAACAUCUGUUCAAUGCCUUGUGCCCCAUCGAGGGUCCUCCUGUCUGGGUUGUCCCUGCUCCUCUCAGGUCCGUCAUGGCCUUCACCGCUCCAGAGUGCACCGCACUGCUGGAGAGUUCCACUACCCCCUCUCCACCCACGGCUAGCUUUUCGCAUUGGUUCAUCACCACUGGCCCUCGCUCAAAAGCUACAGUGGGCAAGAUCACGCUCGGGGCGUUACGCCGUUCCUGGCAUCCGUCAUUUGACAUGUUGCGUCGCCCAGCCCAUCCUCCUGGCUAUCGCCCACCACAUCUCCUGCUUCCUCCUCGCCUUUGGCGUGAUUUCUGGUUCUCUGUCUCCCGCCCAAGGCAUUGA